AUGACGAAAGGAACGUCAUCCUUCGGAAAGCGUCGCAAUAAGACACACACGCUGUGCCGCCGCUGUGGCUCCAAGGCCUACCACCUUCAGAAGUCGACUUGUGGCAAAUGCGGCUACCCUGCCAAGCGCAAGAGAAAGUAUAACUGGAGUGCCAAGGCUAAGAGACGAAACACUACCGGGACUGGUCGGAUGAGGCACCUAAAGAUUGUCUAUCGCAGAUUCAGACAUGGAUUCCGUGAAGGGACGACACCUAAACCCAAGAGGGCAGCUGUUGCAGCAUCCAGUUCAUCUUGAGGAUUUCAAUCAGUCAUAAAAUAAAUGUUCUGGUUUCAAAAAAAAAAAAAAAAAA